UUUUGGUUCUCGACGUGAACGGACGUGUGUGCUCGUGUGAUGCGGCGCCAGUUGGCAGGUACGGUACAGGUAGCGUAGUUUACCUUUGCCGCUCUACAAAAGUCAAAUAACAAUAACAACAACAACAACAACGACGGCGAUAAUCGCAGCAACAACAACGACAAUUGCAACAAUAGGCGCAUUCUUAAUUGUGUUUACCUUUGAUUGUCAUUCGCCAGCGUUACAUACACAGACUCACAGAGAUAAACAUACAUUUUAUAACUGCGAUUUGACUGCGUGCGUGUGUCGUCGCGUCUCCUCUCGCCCCCCGCCCGUCGCCCCUCUAUUUUGUUUGUUUGUUUUUGGUUCUUGUUCUCUCGGGUUUUCCUUCAAUUGGAAUGUGCAGCGAAAAGAACGACGGCAAGAAGAAAAGCCAGGCGCAAAGAACAAAUCAAAUCAGAGCAACGGUUUUAAAAUUUAUAUAAGCACUAACAUAAUUUACUAUUCUCGCAAACACACACACACACAUCGACGACCACAGACAUUCAAGGCAACUACUUUAAAAAAAGCAGUAAUAAAUACAAUUUUACACAUUCACAUUCCAUUUUGAUUCUGUUGUGUGUGAAAAACUUAUAAGAGAAAAACAACAAAAACAACGAAAACCAACGGCAAAUAACAAAAAGUAUCAACGGCAACAAUAACAACAACAACAACAGUGAGCAGCAUAGCAAAGCAGCGAAGUCAACGUCAAAACCGAAGAAGAAGAAGCAAGAUAAAUACAUAGCAAUUUCGACUAAAUAAAGUUUACCAAACGUCGUCGGUACAAUCGGAACGUUCCGUUCCUGCGUUUCAGUUCUUCCUUUCCGUUCGUUCCGCGCGCUCCUCUCUCGCGUGAGAGAGAGUGCUGCCACUUGUUGCCGGCUCGGCUUGGGGACACUCUCUCUUCCCAUUCCAUCAUUCCAUCGAAGCACGGAUACGAUAACGCUACCGAUUGAUCCAAUCCGAUCGGAUCCGAUCUGUUCGAUCCACAUCCACCCACUACCGGCGGAGAUUUGGAAGCAGUAGACGCCUGAACCAUUGGAAGAGGCAUGCAGUUGAUGGCCAGCGGUUACUCCUGCAGCAGCUCCAUCUCCUUCAGAUCCUUCAGUUCCAGUUCCCUCCGGUCCAAACUCUCGCGAUGGAGAGCGAUGAACAGCAGCAGGAGGUUGUGGGCGGAAGUGCACCGUUAUGUCGCAUCUGCAUCACCACCCACCAUCAGCAGCCGAACAACAACACCAACAACACGACAGCAUCCCCAGCCAACCUGCCAAUGAUACCCAUCUUCGGGGAGGAUGCGCUCUGGCAGAAGAUUACCACGCUGGCCAACGUCAAGAUCAGCAAGAACGACACUCUACCGCAACAGGUGUGCGUCGCCUGUGCCAAGUCGGCUAUUUCGGCCUGCGUGUUCAAGAAGAAGUGCGAGGAGGCGGACCAUUUUUACCGCCAGCAACUGAGGCUCCAGAAGAUCGAGGGCGCGGAUCCGCUGGAGACGAGCGCCUCCGCCGGCGACCAGGCCAAAAGCAGCGGCUGCAGCAGCGGCAGCGGGAGCAGCAGCGCCAGCGGCAGUGGCAGCGGCAGUUCCUCCAGCAGCAGUUCCUCCUCCGACGACGAGGACGAGGACAAUGAUCAGGAUCAAGAGCAGGAUCAGGAACAGGAACUGGAUGAAGUGGAGGCCGGGGAGGCUGGCCACAAGCGGCUGCAGAAUGGCUACAGCCCGGUUAUCAAUGGCCAUCGAGGUGAUGGCGUUCAGGAGGAGGAGCUGAUGGAUGACCAUCAUCACGCAGCUGGCCACGAAGAGGAGGAACAGGAUGAGCAGGAUCACCAUCGCAAUGGGCUGGAGUUGGCGGAGGUAAAUCCCGAGGAUGAGGACGAUGACGACGUGGAGGAGGUAAAUCCAAUGAACCACCACCAUCACCACCACGAUAAUAACGACGACGAUGGCGAAAUAACCGGCCAUGCCGGGCAUCCCAAGGAACCGUUCGACUUCAACUCGAUUCGCCUGAUGCAGGAGUACAUGCAGCAUCAGAUGAACAAGUUCCCCAAUGGCUCCGCCGCCGGUGGUCACCCGGAUAUGGAGCUCGAUCUCGACCAGCAGCAGCAUCAUCAUCAUCAUCAUGAUGACGAUGACGAGGACAUGUCGCUGCCGCUGAUACCCGAGAUCGAGUUGAUCACACCGGGCGAUGAGGCGCCAGCGGAUGCCUCGAAUCACAAUGACUUGGACUUGGUCAAUGGCGUGGGCGUGGGUGUGGGCGUGGUCCAGGGGAUGCGGGGACCGGGCUUCCAGUGCCCCCACUGCUAUCAGAUCUUCGAGAUGAAGCAGAUCCUCAAGGCGCACAUGCAGAGUGUCCAUGGAGCACCGGGACCGGUGUACGAGUGCAGCAACUGCCGCAAGACCUAUUUCUACAAGCGUUUCCUCGAGAAGCACAUACGACGUGGUCGCUGUGUGAAGAAGCGUCGCAAUCAAACUCGGCCCAUGCAGUGCUCCGAUUGUCAUGUCCUCUUCCCCACGGGCCACCAUUUGGGCUGGCAUAAGCGCACCGGCUGCCCCUCGAAGGCGGCCAAAAUGCCCCUGCAGCAGCUUUUCAAGCAGAACAUUGUGCAGUUCAACAAUUUCCCCAAGCGGAUUGCCGCCGGCGGAGGAGGAGGAGGAGGAGGGGGAGCGGCACGCAAACCAACGGCUCCCGAGCUGCACAUCAACAAUCGCAAACUGGGCUUGGCCAACAAGCGAAAGGGACGCACUCGCAUCAAGCUGGACGCCAAGAAGAUUGCCCUGGCCAAGCAGUUGAUACUGCGCGAGGCCACCACCACGGUGAUUGCCAACGAGCUGAACAUCUCGCGCACCUUCGCCUGGCGCCUGCGCAAAAGCCUGGUCAACGGUGUCAGUCUGCAUGAGCGCGUCGUGGAUCCCUCGCAGGAGGAGCAGCACCUGCAACAGCUGCAGCAGCAGCAGCAUCAUCACCAUCAGCAGUUGCAAUUGCAGCAGCAGGAGGAACAGCAACAGCAGCAACGCGAACGGGAACAACAUCACUUGAGCAGCCUUCCCUACAGCCACCUUGGCCUGGGUCUCAUCAAAGAGGAGCGGCAGGACAGCGAGGAUGAGGAGCAGCAGCAGCAGCAGCGGCAGCAUCACCAUCACUCGCUCGGUCUGGUGGACGAGUGCGGAGCGGAUGAGAUUGGGGCCGAGGAAACGGCUGGCUAUAUGGGCGAUGAGGAUGCCGUGAGCGGCCUGCUCCACAAUGGAGGCUACGACCCGGAUCCCGAUUCCGAUCCCAUCGAGCACGAUCCCUUCGAGGGCACCGAGAACCAUGAGCAUCCUGCGAACGGUUCGGUUUCGCCCGCAGCGAAACUUGUGCCGCCAUCGGGGGUUCCGGUACCGGUGCCUGUUCAGGUCCAUGCUGCUGCCGCCGCCGCCGCCGCCGCUCGGAGCGAUGUGGAGGUCUACAAGCGGCUGCUGGCCGAGUCGCAGCACUUUCCCCACAUCGUCAACGCCCAGCAGUUGCAGAUGCAGCAGCAGCACCGCGAGCGGGAGAGGGAGCAGCGGGAUCGCGAGCGGGCAAGGGAAAGGGAGAGGGAAAGGGAGCAACUGCAGCAGCAGCAGAAGGUCCACAACGGUGGAAUGCCGAUGCUCACUCGUUAUCCGCCCGCCGUCAUGCACGCCCUGCCCGUCAACCUGUCCCUGCGCUCCAUGCCCCCCCACAUGAAUAGCAACGAGAGCAACGGCAGCUCCAGCAGCAACACGGCGGCCCCAGUUCCCGUUCCUGUUGCCGGCUCAUCGGCAGCCACCUCGACUGGCGCCACGCCGACUGGCAAGAAGCCCCGCAAGCCGAACGUUUUCAUCGACGACGAGAAGUACGCCAUGGCCAAGUUGUUGGUGGCCCAGAACUCCUCCACCAUGGAGAUAGCCAGGGCCCUCAAUGUAUCCCAAAUGACGGCCUGGAAGGUGCGCGAUGCCAUUCUCAAGGGAGUGCCGCUCUCCUAUCGCAACAAGCGAUCCGAUGGCAGGCAUUCGGAGGAGUUUAGCGUCAAGGAGCAGCAGCAGCAACAGCAGCAACAACAGGAGCAACAGCAACGCCAACAGGAGAUGCAGCGACAGCAGCAACAGCAAAUGGAACAAAUGGAGCUAAUCAAACAGCAGCGUCAGCAACAGGAGUUGCUACUCCAGCAGCAGCAGCAACAGCAACAGCAGCAGCAACAACAGCAGCAGCAGCAGCAACAACAACUGCGUCAUCACAGCACACCGGCGGACACAUCACACUAUCAGCAACAGGCGGCGCCAAAGAUGCUGCAUCCUCGCCGCCGCCUAAAAGCAGCGGAACGCGAGCUGCGCGACAAGGAGAUCACACGCGAAAUACUCGAGCUGAUCAAGGAGGACAGCAAUAUACAGUACUGGAAGGUGUCGGCUCGCCUGGCCGAGAAGGGCAUCAAUAUAUCGCCCUCGUCCGUCUGCCAGAAGCUCAAGUCGAUGGGCAUCCACCGGCGCUGGAAGCCGGGCGACAAGCCACCCAUGCUGGCGAUAAGUCAGCUCAAAGCGGCCACUGUGGCGGCCGCAGCGGCGGCAGCUGGCCUGGCCGGCGUCGGCGGAAGCGCCGGAUUGGCCGGCAACAGCUUUGGCCUGGCAGACGACGGCUACGAGCAGCAGCAGUUCGACAUGGGCGGGCACUUUCUCAGUGCCUUUACGCGCUAGACCAGAAGUCCUGCCCAUCUGGGCCUACAUUUAAAUACUACAGUGGAUUGUAGGCAUCGUAGGCAUCAUUUGACUGGGAAAUUGUAGGUCUAAAGAGCUGAGUUUUAAGUUAUUGAAGCCUUUGAGGGUUGAUUUUGGUUUAAGAUACAUUUCUUUUAUGAACAAAAUUAUAAGUAGCCAAUAUAAAAAUAAUUCUACUCGGCAGCUGUUUAGUUUUAUGUUGAAUGUCAUUGAGAAAUUCAUUGCAGAUCUACCAUUUCCCAGGCGAAAUGCCUAGAAAUUUGCCCACAAUUACCACUGUGAGUUUAACAUAUAUACAUUUUUGUUUUUCGAGCCACCCUAAUCCAUAUGCAUAGACCAGCACAGCAACAACAAGGUGUAUUUUUUAUAUAGUAUUUGAAAGAGAGAGAGCGCGCUUGAAAUGUAUUUGUAUUUGUAAUCGUUAUGAGAUAGCAUAUAUUGUAUGAUUCUGUAUUAGAUUUAUAUAUCCAAUAUAUAUGCUAAGCAUUCCUAGAAUGUCACACACACACACACAAAGAAAAUGAAAAAGAAAAACGCCCAUUCCAAGCGAGGAAAUGAUUUCCUUUCUUUAAGUUCAGUAGCUUCCUUUUCCUCUUCCUCCAUCCACACACACACACACAAACACACUUAGCUGAUAAUGUAAUAAUUUAAUUAACAUAUUUAUUGAUCGUAUGUCCUUGUGAGUGUGUGUGUGUGCGCUUUAACUGAGAAAUGUAUUUAAAGAUUUUCACCAUUUUUAAUUUAUUUAUUUUACUCACGCAUACACACACACACACAUAUAAGCAAUUAUUCAGUACUGAACUUUAAUUUAGUUAAAUUAAUGCAUCAAACGAAGAAAUAACAAUCAGAACAAAGCAAACGGAAGCAGAACAAACAGCAGCUAGAGAGAAAGUUAAGAAAGCUAGCAACAUAAGUGCAAUUAUAAACUACAUGUGUAAACCUAAAGAACCAGAAGAAUGUAAAAUGUUUUACGUGUGACCGAAAUAGAAGAUAGGAGAGCGAGAGAAGGGGAGAAAGAGAGGGAAAAUUGUCUAUCCAAUUUAAGACCUUAGCACCACUGAACAUUUUAGAACCAACUUUCAUAUCUUCAGAUAUCCUAAACUAAAAGAUAUCUUCAUUUUAAAACGCUAACUGAUGAAAAACUUGUGUUUUUUGGUUAAAAGUGUAGAAAGAAAUGUUCAAAUUUAAAAUAAGUUUAGGUCAAUUAAAACAACAUUUAGUUUUUACUUUAGAACGACUUUUAUACAUUCCCAAAGACAUACCAAAAUUUUGUUUAGCACUAUAAACAGGCUGAAAAUCGAAACAUCACCCACAAAAAGUUUGUUUUUUGUGUGUGUUUACAGUGGUGUUGAGCCAUUAGUUAAUAACUUUGAUUGGGAGAACCAAUUUAAGGUUUACACUUCACUCCCCAACUUUCCUCCUCUUCUUUCUCCUGGUCGUUUUCCAUAUAGACAGCUACUCCGAAUCCAUCCUCCCAACCAAGCCCCAAUUUAUGUAAGAAAGCUAUGGAAACAAGGCAAACGAUCAAUUUUUGAAAACGUCGUAGCAAAUUGUUAGUUAAAAAUGAGAAGAAAACUAAAUAACACAAAAGAUCAAAAGAAAAAAGAUGGAAAAAUAUGAAGACAAGCUGAGGACUCAGAACUGUAUUUAUUUACAGUCAAUUUUAGGAACAUUUAUUUUAUUAUUAUUAUUUUUUUGUUGUUGUGGAUGAAAUUCUAUUCGUCUGCGAUUUAUUUUUGUAUAGCUUUUAAGGUCCGAAGUUAGAGCAAAAGAGAUAGCAAGAGAGAGCGAGUGAAGGUUGAUAUAGUAUUUUUUUUAUAUUUUUGUACAAUUUGAAAUUGUAACUGCUUUUUAUCAAUCAAUCAAUGAAUGAUUCCCUCCCUCCACCAACCCACACACACACACAUACACACGCAUACUGUGCAAAGUAUUUUCUAUAUUCAUUACAUAUAAAUAUAUCCAUAUAUAACUAAACUAAAUUUAUAAAAUAGUUUUUUUGUUGUUUUUUUUUUUACAUCAUAUAUAUAUUUAG